AUGGCUGCAAGGAAUGAUUUGGAUUCAUGCACAGUGAGCUCCAAAGGCAAGCUCCCACCUGGUCUGUUGCAUCAUGAACAAGCAGCUGGGGGCUAUAUCUUGAAGAGGACAACAUGCUGGUUGUGGCUUCAUAAAGACAAGACACAGCAUUGCCUGAACUGGAACACAUUACAGAGCUUCCCCAGUGGGCAUUCCUCUUUUGCAUUUGCUGGGCUGGCCUUCACCUCCUUCUACUUAGCAGGGAAGUUACACUGCUUCACUCCACAAGGCCGUGGAAAAGCCUGGCGGCUCUGUGCCUUCCUGUCACCCCUCCUCUUUGCAGCUGUCAUUGCUCUUUCCCGAACCUGUGAUUACAAACACCAUUGGCAAGAUGUGCUGGUUGGAUCCAUGAUUGGUCUGAGUUUUGCGUACCUCUGCUACAGGCAGUAUUAUCCUUCCCUGACAGAUGCUGAAUGCCAUAAGCCAUUCCACUGCAAACGUAAACUUCCUGCUGCACAGGAGAAACUUAUUGUUCCCCAUUAUAGGCUUGAUGUUUAGAAACAACCUACCUCACAAAAGAGAACAAUAAGAGCAUCCCCUCCUGUCCUUGACUUAUUCUACUCAGAAGACAUGGAACAGUCCUUCUUUUUAUCUCUGAAAUGCUACAAGGGAAGACAUGGGUAAAAUUGAAUCCUUUUAUCUUCCUGCCUGGAUAUAUCUGUAACAGUUCCUUUCUAUUAAUAAAAUCUAUUGUUGGAGAAGACCUUUUGAAACACAGAAGAA